GCUAGUAGCUGCAGAGAAACAACCGAAAGCUUUUCACCAUCUCCUCUACAAAGCUCAAUAAAAUCACCAUCAAACCUCCACCAAAUUCAACCAAAUUUCACCUACACUUAACUCUACACUUGGACAACACUUUAAGCUGAAAAAGGGAGGAGCUUCACGGUUUUCUUCAGGCUUCAAAGGGACCGAAAUUUUCUGAUUUGAACAACCAUCAAAGUAGAUAAAAUCUGUGCUUGACGUGGCAAUGAAGGUUAAGCAUUUAAUCCUCCUAUCCGGGACUCCCUCCUUAUCAAGAUUGUGAUGGAACUGUUUGACAUUUGUGUUUUUGCUAUGUCAAAAUUUUGAAUUUCCAUUACUUGUUAAUGGAUGUGUCAAUACAAUUGAAUGCUACGCCAUUCGACAUUUUUCAUCAGAUAAAUAUGUUAUGGCCGGGCUUGCUGGGGGAGACCAAAUAUGAUUUUGCAAAGACAUACUGCUCUGUUAAACUUGUUAAUGGUUGUCAAGGGAAAGUUUUUCAGAUAAGAUGUUUGAAGCAGCAUGUGCUGGCACAGCUACUGCCAGUACGCCAGAAAAUAAUGAGAUUAGUUUUGAGGAGAUCCAAUAUUGCUUCUGCCAUGGCUGCUCUUGGAUUGGUUUUAGCAAAAUCAUAUUUUACUUCUUUCCUGGCUGCACUCGGUGUGCUCAAUAGUGACACUUCUGCAAAUGACACUGAAGAUGAAUUUUCUGAACUUCGUCAAGUUCCAUAUGUUGCUAAGAUUCUGAGUCUGAAGAUUGUUCAGGAGAUUGAAGUUCUCUGAGUGGCUGUGAGUAACAAAGGUGGGAAUCAACUAACUGCACGGCACCAUAGCAUCCUUAAGAACUGCACAUCCACUGGCAUUCAUUAUGAAUGUUGGCCUAGAAUUCCAAGUAAAUGAUGUCCACAAAGAUCAUUACAUCAGUUCUGCUUUCUCAGAGAAGCAUCUGAUAUACAAUGCACUACAAAUUUGUUGGUUAUUAAGUGAUGAGUUGCGGUCCCUAUUCUAAAUG